CGGGACCGUUGUGACUAAACCAACAGCGUCGUGGCCGUCAGUCAUCACGUUUUGCAGCAAAUCGUUGGGAAACUUGUAGCAUUCUCAUGACCAGCGCUGCCGAUGUCAGCUACGUGUCCGUGGGGCCAAACGGAGGACUAAAGCGAAUGUCGGACAGUAUGGCCCAGAGCAGUGCUGGUGGUGGGCCAUCGGGAGGUGAAUAUCUAGAGUCAAGUGAUGCCAAGAAGGCCAAACCCAAUGAACAACCGUCUUCUGUUCUUCACAUUCGUAACAUCCCUGAGGAUACAACGGAGGUAGAAAUCGUGAUGCUUGGAAUGCCAUUUGGAACGCCCGUGAAUGUCAUGGUGAUGCGUGGAGCUAAGAAACAUCAGGCGUUUCUUGAGAUGGCGGAUGAGAUGCAGGCGACUCGUCUGGUUAAUCAUUAUGCAUCAUCACCAGCUACUGUAAGAGGUCGCUCCGCAUACAUCCAGUUUUCAAAUCACAAGAAACUUACAAUGGACGAUCAUCAGUCAUCAAAAGCCAUUAGUCUCGCUCAAGCGAUGAUCGGAGCUGCUGGUACGUCUCAGGCUGCAGCCACUCCGCCGAUGCAACCGGCUGUUGCAACGAUGGGCAACUUCCCUCUUGGAAUGUCAGUGUUUGGUGCACCAUAUGUAAACCCUAUACAACAAGCAGCAGCAGCAUCAACUGGUGCACCACCAUCUGUAAUGGGUGCCAUUCCAGGCGUAGGUUUGUUGCAGAAUAUAAUGGCUGGAGCUCAAGAGGCUGUGCCUUCUGUUGAUGUGACGAAUGACGAUGGCGUGAUGAACUCUGUGUUGAGGGUGAUAGUUGAGAACAUGCUUUAUCCGAUUACAAUCGACGUUCUGUACUUGAUUUUUUCAAAGUUUGGUCGAGUGAUGAAAAUUGUAACGUUCUACAAGAAUGGUCAAUUCCAUGCUCUCAUUCAGUAUCCAGAUGCCGACACAGCCAGUGCAGCAUUGGUGGCACUUAAUGGUCAGAAUGUUUGGAAUGGAUGUUGUAUGCUCAAGAUUGAUUAUUCUAAUCUUACAAAAUUGGAAGUGCGACAAGACAGCGACAGAGCAAGGGACUUCACCAAGGAAACGCCAGAAAACUAUUUGUCUCACGAUCCGGUAGCUGCUGCCACUUUACAGCUGUCGAAGUCAAAGGAGAUGAAAGAACGAGCUGCAUGUAUGUCAUCUGCCGUCUAUCAGCAGCAACAGCAGCUACAACAACCGGGUGCCAUUCCCGCACUGAUGAACAACAUGAGCACGCUACCGGGCUCCGCCGUAAUGCCCCAAUAUUCGACCGCACUGCUGAAUGCCGGUACUAACACGAAUCCUUUCGUCAUGUCGGGCAUCAAUCCUCUCGGCAUGUCGGCCGUCAACCCCCUCGGCGUGGCAGGCAUCAGUCCUCUUGUUCUACCGGGUGUCAACCCUCUUGCGUUGCCGGGUGUCAACCCCCUCGGGUUGGGAAUGCACGGCGUAGGCCCGAUGGGAAUGCCGGGUGUCAACUCUCUCGGGAUGACGGCAGUCGGCGGAUUCGGGAUGACGCAGGCAGGAUGUGUGAUCAUCGUUUCGAAUCUCGAAGAAAGAAGGGUCACGCCCGACAGCCUCUUUACACUCUUUGGAGUGUAUGGUGACGUGUUGAGAGUCAAGAUUAUGUACAACAAGAGGGAUACGGCAUUGGUACAGUUUACUGAGGCAGCGCAGGCUCAUCUUGCUAUUCAGUAUUUGAAUGGGAAGGUUCUGUAUGACAAGCCGAUGCGGAUCAAUUUGUCGAAGCAUGCAUUUGUACAGUUGCCACGUGAUGUUUCGGAGGAAGAGUCCCAUCUAACCCAAGACUACACAGAAUCAAAGCUACACCGAUACAACCAUCCCAGCUCUCACAAUGCAAGAAACGUCUUUCCUCCCAGUCCCACUCUACAUUUAUCAAACAUCUGUGUGGGAGUGACGGAAGCGCAGGUGAGAGGAGUGUUCACAGAUGCCGGGUUUACUGUCAUCAACUUUCAGUGGUUCAGGAUGAGGGACGAUACAACAAAGAGAGACCAACGACAAAUGGCGCUAAUAGAGCUCGUCUCUCUCGAGCAAGCCAUGGAGGCCGUCAUCGCUUUGCAUAACUUUGAGAUGAAUGAUGGUAACCAUCUGAGGGUGACGUUUGCCAAGAAUCCUACCAUCACACCAAAGGUGUGAACGACAGGGAGUCGUUUUGACAUGGAAGUUUGAUUAGUGGUUCACACAUAUGUGGGUGCCCGUGUGUGGUAGAGUGUCGGACGUGUGUGUGUCUGUGUGUGUGGGUAGGUUUUCUGAAUGUUGACAAUUGGUUUACAUAGAAGUGUUACAGAGAGAUGA